CCCCAAAUGUGAAAUUAUUCCCAGCUAUUUUUCCAAAAUGAAGGAGGGGAUGUAUUUUCAUAUUUGAGGCAAUUGGGUAAAAAACCGAGAGCAAAGGCCAAAACUGUGGUGAAGAGGAGAGAGAAAGAGUGGAAGAUCGGUGAAGAAGAAUAAGAAGUUGGUGAAUCCUUCAAUGGCGGAAUCUCCUAAAGCCUACUUUUCUGGGUUCAAAGACUUUUUGUCCGACAGAUUUUCAUUUCUUGAUAAUUACAACAGAUUUGUGAAGCGCGAUAAGCCUUUACCCUCUUGGUCUGAAUCUGAUGUUCAGGACUUCAUCGCCAGUGAUCCUGUUCAUGGCCCCGUUCUGAAAACUGCCAGGGAAGCAGUAAACUAUGGCCUUGUUGGAAGUGCUGUUGGAGCUGUCACAACCGCAGGCGUUUGCUGGAAAUACUCAAAGAGUCCUCAUGGUGCUGUGCUCGCCCUUGGCGCUGGAGCUGUUUUUGGAUGGACAUUCGGAGCUGAAAUUGGGAACCAUGCACUGCAACUUUACAGAUUGGACACCUUAGCUGCGCAAAUUAAGUUUAUGGAAUGGUGGGAAAAGAAAACCGAGGGAAGGUCUUAGAAUAAGCUUGUUUCCGUAUGUUAGGUUUUAAACCUUUUUCUGUUUUACAAUAAAAUGUUGUGCACCAGUGAGCUGCGAAAUGUAGUGCUUGAUUUUUUUUUCCCCCAACUUAGAUCUGAUUGCUUCGUGGAUUUCAUCCUUGUUGAUUUAUGACAUAGCAAUUGUGAGCAAUUGAUUUUGUGCAAUGUCUCAGGUUUUCAAGUCAAUAAUUAUGAUUUGCAUCCAUAUGUUUUUGGUUUUC